UAACCCUUUAGUGGCUAUAGGGAAAUAAUUUCCCAUCACAUUACAAAAAUUCUGUAGCCCUGUGGUUAGUGGGAAAUAAUAUCCCACAGAUAUAUUUAGUUUAAAUGUGUGUUUUCCAACCUAUUUUGACCAUUAUCAUUGAUAACUAUUGUUAGAAUGUAAUUAGAUAAAUGUUCUAAAAAAAAACGGGAAAUUAUUAUCCCAAUGACCACUGCGGAACAAUAAUAUUUUAUAAUUUUUUUUUUUUUUUUUUGAUAAUCGUUGGAAACAUUUAAAUCGAAUGAUAUCUGUUUAGUGAUUGGUUGUUAAUAUUUAAGUCGUCUUUGACUUUAAUUCUGUGUUAUCAGAACUUGUUUUGUAUCAUUUGUCGUUGAGUUAUCAUUUUAUUUACAUUCAAAUUUGAAUUCGACGAUUUUUUCGGUCGUCGAUCAAAGUAUGUUUUUUAUUUAUUAGAAUCAACAUAAUCUACUAAAAAUGCUGAACGAGGAGGACAUUUUGUUCGCGUUAGAAAUCACCGAUGCCAUGGCUUUUGACUCAGAUAUAGGAGGAGACUCUGAUGCAGAGGACACAAUUCCUGCAUUACAUUCGUCCUCAAAUUUAUCCUUAGAAGGCAUAGAAGCUCUUCAACCAAAUUCAGAUACAGAAACAAUAUCAAUUAAUUCAAAUACAGUUACAGGUCAGACAAGAUCAUUAAGAUCUCAAAAAAGGUCACUACAUUUUGAAAAUACAAAACUUGAUUCUAAAAAUGCUUCUACAUCUGCAGGUAAAUUAAUUUUCUUAAUUUUUUUAAAUAUAUUAUACAAUUAUUAAUUUUGUAGUAUAAAUUUUAUCCUAAGCAUUUGAUGAAAAAAGAUUCACUGUAUAAACCAGGAGAAAUAGAAUUUGCUCAAAGUGAAGAUGUAAGUGUUUGUCGAUGGAAAGAUCGAGGUAAAAAACCAGUUACAGUAAUAAGCAACAUGCAUGAUGCUUCAUCUACUGAGAUAGUAAAUAGAAAAAAUAGUAAAGGCGAGAGGAUACCCAUAGUAUGUCCCAAAAGCAUAUCAGAUUAUAAUAAAUUUAUGGGUGGAGUAGACCGGUUUGACCAAUACAUGGCUACUUACAGUGUUGCCCAAAAAUCUAGGCGGUGGUGGCUAAAAUUAUUUUAUUAUAUGUUAGAUACAUCAAUUGUAAAUUCAUAUUUGUUAUACAAGUCAAGUUGUGCGAAUUAUAGAAAAAAACCUAUUUCUGCUCUAGAAUUUAGAUCAACUCUUACUGAUCAACUUAUUGCAAAUUUUUCUUCCCGUUGUAGACAUACAAUUUCUCCUGGCGUUAAAAAUCCUAAACGUGCUCUUUCAAGUCCGUCUAACUAUAUAAUUCCUGGACAACAUUUAGCAGUAAAAAUAGAUAAAUAUAGACGCUGUAAAUUAUGUAGUAAAAAUAAAGAAAAAAGGUCCAACAUUUUGUGUGAAACAUGUAAAAUAU